CUCGUCUAUUUCAAUAUCAAAGUCAAUACGCUUCCAUCAUUUUAGUCACCCCUCGAAAAAGAGGCGAAUAAGCGAAAUAGGCAGAUUUUAUAAUCCAGUGUUUAAAAUAUUGCUUCACCCAUAUUUUGAUUUUGGGUUGUUUGCUAUGGAAACCCCCCCCCUCAAACUUCCCUUGCAUAUCCCAAUCUCGGUAGUCUCUGUCUCUGGUCGGCCGGGCUCUGCGCUGUGUCCCUAAACUCCGCUCUCUAUUUUUGUGCUUCCCUGCGCUGCCAAGCCCCUGACGUAAUGCUCCGCGUUAAUUAUUAGCAUGUGGAGAGCAACGCCGAGGCUCCUCUGGUGGAUAGACGAGAGCGAGCCCGACUGUUGGGAGAGGAAAAGUUAGUCAAGAUGGCAAAUCGGACAGACCCGGAGUGAAGGGGCACCGCUCCCCGAAAAUCUUGAUCGUUGCCCCGUCCUUAGACCAACGAUGCGAAUGUGCCGAGAGGCCUAAGGGGGGAUUCCCUGAAGAAAAUGCUAUUGUGGGUGUCGUUCUGGAGGAAAGCUGACUCAUCAUAAAUCAAAUCCCUCUUGUGCGACAAGAAGCACCUGAGAGCAGCUUGAUAUCAACCGAUGCUGAGCUGGAGGAACUCUCCACGGCCACACCGCGGACCGUCAAAGGGAAUGACAUCACACAGCUUCAUUUGAACUUCUCACAUCCAGCUGAUAAUAAGGCCACCUUCCUCCUCCAAGAGAGGAAUCCCUGUCAUUCCCAGCGUAAACCGCAGACGGAGGUCCAGCUGCAGACACCUCUUAAGACGGCAAAAAUUGGCGUGAGGGAGGUUUGCUCUCAGAGGAGCCCCCCCCCCCCAACGCUGUUCCUGGCACUGCACCCCCAGACCAUGAUGUUUCGUGACCAGGUGGGCGUGCUGGCCAGCUGGUUCAAAGGGUGGAAUGAGUGCGAGCAGACGGUGGCUCUGUUGUCCUUGCUGAAGAGGGUGAGCCGGACCCAGGCCCGUUUCCUGCAGCUCUGUCUGGAGCACUCCCUGGCCGAGUGCACAGAGCUGCACGUCCUGGAGGGAGAAGCGAACAACCCAGUGGUAAUCAGCCAGUGGCAGGGGGAGCCAAAAGAGCGUGUCAUUUCCCUGGUCUUGACCCACCUCCCGCUCCUCAAACCGGGCAACAUGGAGGCCAAGGGUGAAUACAUGCGGUUGCUGCCUCGCAUCCUGGCCCACACCAUCGAGCAUGGCCGCCACCUAGAAGAAUCCCGCCAGCUGUUGUCCUAUGCUCUUAUUCAUCCGGCCACCUCGCUGGAGGACCGCUCUGCCUUGGCCCUGUGGCUAAACCACCUGGAGGAGAGGGCUGCUGCACGGGGAGACUCCCUGGAGAGACCCCCCCCAGCUGGGCCACACCAUGCGCACCACCAGUCCACACCUCCUUCCACACUCUCCUCCUCGGGCUCCUCCUCCACCAACACCUCCUCAUCAGGGAACCUCUACCCACUCCACUCCCACCAGCGCUACGGUUCAGACGACCGGCUGAACGGCUGGCAAGGCUCCAGGGAAGCAGGGCUGGGCAGUGGAUGGCACCAGCAGCAGGGCUGUGAAAAUGGCCACCUGCUGCUCUACCCAUCAUCCUCUGUGCCUUCCACCAUCAACACGGUGGGCACCAGCGGAGGGAAUGCAAUCUUGACCAGUGGCAGCGGCAGUCAGCAGCACAGUCCCCUGAAGCGCUCCGUGUCCCUCACCCCUCCCAUGAGCGGCCCCAGCAGCCAGCCCCUGGGCCACGUCUGGUUGUCCCAGGAGGACCUCCGGGCCCCUAGGGGCGCUGCACCGGACCAUGCGCCGCUCUCCCCGCAGAGCAGCAUCGCCUCCUCAGGCAGCGGUGGCAGCGAGCACCUGGAGGAGGCUGGUCUAGGAGGAGGAGGAGGCAGCGGGGGAGGUGGGGGAGGCUCUGGCCUCCAUCGCAGCUCCUUUCAUGAGGAGGGCAGCGGGAUGAGGGAUGUCCCAGCGUGGCUGAAGAGCCUCCGCCUCCAUAAGUACGCCGCCCUCUUCUCCACCAUGACCUAUGAUGAGAUGAUGUCACUGACCGAACAACAACUGGAGUUAAAGAGUGUCACUAAAGGAGCAAGACAUAAGAUAGUCAUUAGUAUUCAGAAGCUGAAAGAGCGGCAGAACCUGCUACGCUGCUUGGAAAAGGAUGUGUUGGAGGGUGGUAACUUGCGUGCACCUCUGCAGGAGCUCCACCAGAUGAUUGUGACACCCAUCAAGGCUUUCACUGGAGGCGAGGAAGGCCCCCCACAGCGUUCCCUACUGAGCCAAGAGGCUAAGAAUGCCGCACCUGGCUCCCACCUGAGUGGGGGAAGUGGGGGUGGAGGGGAAGCAGAGCCUGGGGCGAGUGUCAUUGCUGAGGGAGAUCUUCCUGGCCAGUUCACACGGGUCAUGGGCAAAGUUUGCACCCAGCUGCUAGUGUCCAGGUCAGAUGAGGAAAACAUCAGCUCCUACCUGCAGCUCAUUGACAAGUGCCUUAUCCACGAGUCCUUCACUGAGACACAGAAGAAGAGGCUGUUGUCAUGGAAACAACAGGUCCAGAGGCUGUUCCGGUCCAUUCCGAGGAAAACCCUCCUUGACAUGGCAGGGUACCGACAGCAGAGGAGCCGAGGCUUCGGUCAGUCCAACUCUCUCCCCACUGCUGGCUGUGUGGGGGGUAGCGUCUCUGCCAGGAGGAGCCUGCGCCAGUUCCAGAUGCCUUCCAGAAGCCUACCGGGAGCUAGGCUGGGCCUGCUGGGUAGUGGAAGCCUCCUGGGACCGACACCACGCAGCUCUAGCAGCACCCCCACCGGGCUCAAACAGGGGAGGCAGGGCCUGUGGUUUGCUAACCCCGGUGGUAGUAACAGCAUGCCCAGCCGGACCCACAGCUCUGUACAGCGGACCCGCUCCCUGCCUGUACACACCACACCACACACCAUGGUUAUGUUCCAGCAACCAGAUCUUCAGCUACCAGUGACAGAACCAGACAUCAACAACCGCCUGGAGUCUCUCUGUCUGAGUAUGACUGAACAUGCCUUGGGAGAUGGCACCGACCGCACAUCAACCAUAUGAAAUGAAGACCUGAGGGAGAGCGGAAGGGCAACGUAGGUGCACAAAGCUCUCUUAAGAUAAGUCGGUGUCCAGGUCACUGACUCCACCCCCUUCCCCGACCCCUCAUCCCCUAGCCAAUGGUAGAGCUCAGCCAAGGGACUCGCUGGGGUCCUACUCACACACAAGAGCCGGCGAAUACAAGCUACUGCAUUGGCAUGUGCCAUCAAGCUGGAAAAACACACUUCCCGCUAUCCCAGCAUGCUCCAAGUCAUGUGGGUCAGGGUGAGGACGGAAGGGGAAAAGAAGCAUUGAAAAUAGCCCGGACAAUGCGCAAAGAGUGCCCCCAGGUAGGCCAGAAGGAAUACUGCUGUCCAGUGAGCCCUGGCAGAAUGGAGAAGGCAAGGGCAUUGAGUGACAGACUGGGACAACACUAGUAACCCCCUCCCCUCUCCAAACCCGUCUGUUCCCAGUACACUGACCACAGCUCCCAGCCACGUCACAGCGGCUGGCAUUGUUUCAUAACCGUAACAGUACCUCAAACCCCAAAACAAGGCAGGAUGGACAAAUGUAAAGGACACAGGAGGAUGUUUGGGAUUUCCUGAACUGUUCUGAGUGAGGAUGCUCGUAGAGCUUGGGAAAGCUUCUCGCUCAGUCUUGGGCGGCAAAUAUCAUUUGAUAUGUAUGUAUGUAUGUAUGUAUGUAUGUAUGUAUUGUUUACAUAAUGAUGCUACUUUGAAAGGGUACAGAAACGUAUACAUUUUCAGGUAUGAAUGUUGUGAUAUAUCAGUAAAGCCUUGGCACUCUACUUACCAUAGUUGCUUUACGUCCCCUAAGUAGCCAUCAUGCUAGUUUACAACCAAUGUGCUUAGUCUUUAUUUUACCUGCCAAUAGCCAAGCUGUUGGCUCGGAACUUUACAGAGGGAGAGAGCGCGUUUAGAUGAAAGAGUGAUGUAGAGAAGGAAGAAAGACAAAGAAAGUAGACGUAAAAAAGGAAUGUCAAUUUUGGGUAUUUGAAAAGUGAUUUUGGAAAGGGAAGCGGAUGUUUAAAAGAAAAAAAGACGUGAAUGCUAUCAGAGGCAGGACCUUUGAUUGGCCAGAGAUGACCUUGGGUGAUUGCGUCAUGUCCAGUCUAUUCAUGUAGGUGUGGAGAGGAGGAAGUAAGUUGGGUUUUUGUUUAUAUAAGGUUUGUAUGUACUCUUUGAAUUCAUAGCCUUUGUAUGCUCUAUACGUUGGAAGUGUAGGCUUAUUUACCUUUAAAUGGGAUCUUUCUGUUUGUUCAUAUAGAUUAUUUUUUUCUUUUUUGUGAAGCAGGGUGAUAUUUUUAAGCUCCAUGCUACAACUGAGUAUCUUUCUUCGGUGAAAUGAUGACAGCCAGGAUGGGAGAGAAAAGACUGGCCAAUAACAAAAAAAAAACAAAUAGGAGCUGCUUUCAGUCGUCAUUUUAAACCAUGUUGCCGAGAGCGUUGCAUCAUGACAGACAUCAGACAUUGCCAAUCCAUGAGGGGUUGCGUUCCCAGAGAUUCUCACUAGUGCAUAGCUCCACCUUCUGGCCAAACGGGGGGUGGGCAGAAAUGGGCACUUCUCAGGCCGUGCUAGACAGGAAAAGGCAACGUUGGUCAAAGGAAAAAAAUUGUUGAUCAACAUUUUUGGUCAAAAUGUGCUUUUUUUUUCCUGCAAGUAUUGCCUGAAAGGUCGCCUAUGUGUAACGUGGCCCAGAGAAUGGUGUGUUCUGUCUGUGCAGGCCCACCUUGACUUUUUUGUAUUUGUACUUCUAAAAUUUCAGUUUAUUCUGUGUCUUAAUAUUUAUCCUCAGUUUAAAUGCAUCAGGCUAACAAACAAAAAAAAUUAUGGAAAGGUUUAUGCUGAAAUAAGCUGGUUAGUAAACUCUCCACUGUAUCCCUGCAAUCUCACUGAGCUCACUGCUAUAAUAGCCCACAGUAGUUUCUCAGUUUUUGCCAUUUGCACAUUUCAGAUCAGUAUGGAAUGAUUUGAAAUGUCAUUGUUACGGUUGUUGUCGAUUAAUAUUGUUUAGUUUCUUUAUUAGUUUCUUGUAAUUCUAAAGUACUUCCUUUGUAUUCUGCACUUGAUGCUGUGAUACAUGUAAAACUUUAAUUGGCCAUGUCCGCUCAUGAGGUUCUAUCGAUGUUCAUCUGCGCAAUGGGAUUUGAGCAGAGACUAGACAAGAGAGGAGAUGGACUGUAGAGGAAGGUGUUGGCCAAAGCAAGCUUGACCUUUGAACCUAGAGCUUGGGGAGAUGGGGAGGUUAUUAUUUGUGAUGAGGAAAUCUUCCAGGAGAGAGUGGCAGUGCCCUGAUCCCAUGUUUCAGACUAAAACUGAUGUAUUUUUGUCUGGUGGUAGAGUUUCACUCAGAGGGGGAGAAGAGUUUCAUCCCGACCUGUGCAGUGAUAAACUAUCCUCUGAUUCACCAAAAAAGAGGAGAUGGCCUCUUUUAUCUCAUCCUGGCUCUGACUGAAACCAUUUCACCCAGUUAACACUGGGCCCAUAUGACUGGGUCCUCCUGGUUCACACCAUGAUACCUGGGACCGUGCCAUUAUGCUUGACUGGCCAAUCUAGUGAGAGGUUUAGUCUGCCAUCACAAUAUCAACACCUCUCUGUACCACAACACAACACGCAUGUUAUCGUCCACUGUCAGACUUGGCAGUGUCCAUGUGCUGUGCUUUACAGCCAUGUAAUCAGUAACGCACUUAAAUCUAAGUUUAGUGUUUGUUGAUUGUGUAUAUGUGCACCUCUCAUAUAGUCAUGGUAAAUCUAUUAGACGUUGGGUGAUGGUAAAGGAGUUUCCACCAAAGGAAAUAGGGCUCAACAGGAUUCAUUUGGGGUAUGAAACUGAGAAAUUGAUGUUACAGCUUUUGAUUUGGUGCACCACGACUUUAUUUUUUACUUGGAUGCUCCUAACAUAGAAGAAGCAUUGGGACAUUGUAUUCCUACUCUUUAAUUGUCACUGCCAUAUCAAUCAAUCCAAUAAGUAGAUUCAAAGAAUUAUUUAUUCUUUUUUUUCUGUUACUGUUGUGGAAGUGAUCCUUGUACUCAUUUAGGUGUAUUAUUAUUUAAAGUGCUAUAUGUAUUAACAUGUUAUGGCUGGUGACCAUACGUACAUCUCAAAUAUUAACAUAGUUAUUUUUGACUUUAUUUUCUUUUAUUUUUUAUCUAUAAUCUGAUUUGUAUCUACUAGUGUCAUGUUGUUUUUCUGAUGCUUUCACCCGCAUGGUGAAAUGCACCUACAGUGUUCACCCCUCAGAAAGGAAGCCAGUCUUUAACACCCGGUCACAAAGUACUUUUCACUAAAUGUAUUUGAGACGAGGCAUACGGUGCAGCCGGGCCAUGGUUUGGUGGACCUUUUCUGCCAUUCUACCAUGUGGAACAGGUCCAUGUUGCAGUAGACAAACCUUUGGCUGUCCUGGAAAGAUGCCAUUGGAGGGCAGAUUUAGUCGAGCAAUAAUUCUGAAAUGAACCCAGGCAGGAGAGUGAAGUUAAAUUUAGAAACAGCCUUGGUUUCACCCGUUCCCCUGCAAAUAUUUUGAACCGGGUUUUUUGGAGAGGCAGUCAAAUCAGUGGCCCAGAGCGAUUGCCGACUAUCAAUAUUUUGCCAGGUGGGGCUUGCAUAUUGGGUUAAACCUGUAAGUGUGACCUUAACUUUCCUAUACUCACAGAAUGUGGCCAUAGUUAUAAAGGUUUGUUGAAAUAAAGAAUGAGGGCUAUAGACAGAUUAUCAGCCACGUGUGGCUGCUAUGAGGAAGGGUUGGAAAUACCCCCAUCUCUUUAAACCAAAUGCUUUAUUUUUCCAAAUGCAUGCCAUCACUGUGGGCAUCCCUUGCACCCCAGCGCCGUACACACUGCAGUAUUAACAGUUAAGAUAUUGCCUUGAUAUUCCAAAAAAAAAACAAAAAACAAAAAACAUUUAAUGUAGUUAAAAUGAAUGAAGACAUACAUGUAUAUCGUUUUUUGUUUUUUUUUCUAGAUCGUUUUUCUUUGUCAUAGACUGGAGAUUAUUCAGUUCGUGUCAGUAUUGGGAUGACGUGACAUUUUUCUAAACUCAACAUCCAUUCUGUAACAGUUUUACCGCUUGACUGUGCUCCUUAUUUCAUUUCGUUUUUAUUUUGUUAUCAAAGAGCCUAUGUCCUGUAUUGACUGCAGGCUUACGUAUAUAUUUGACAAAAGAAUAUUGUAUGUUUAAUAAUAAAAAAAUACACAAAAACGACAAAAAAUGAAAGAAAAUGCAGAGAAAAAAGGAGAAAAACUUUAGUGUAAUUUAUAUUUUAGAACUGCAUGCACAAGGCUGGGAAAGUCAUAUUUAGAAUAACAAAUGGCAGUGCCUUUUUUGUACUCGAGACAUUUACCGUAAAUGUAAAUGGUUUUCUAUGUAAUGACGUUACAAGAUGAAACCAGCGUCAGCUCUGUUGGAUGGCAGAAGUGGUAAAUGCACCAGAUCCGCUGACAGGAACCUUACUGGCAUCAUAACAAGACUUUUCUGGGUGGCUGGCGCCUUGUGAUGCCCACAUUGUCUCUGUACUCUCUAGGUACUUCUAAAUGCUGAUAUGAAGUUAUGAAUUAUACUGGUUUGUACAAAAAAAUGUGUGGGUGACUGUGUGUGAGAGAGCGAGAAUAAGCGCGUGUGUGCCACACGCAUGUGUGUGUGUGUGUGUGUGUGCAUGCAUUAUGUUUUUUUGUUUUUUUUUUUAAAUGUGUCUUGCUGUAAUUUUUGUUGGACGUACCAGAAUGCUGUGACUUGGCAUGCCCAUAUCCAUAAAAGGUUGUAACUCCUUCGGUGUGUCUUGACAUGUGUUCUAGUCUAGUCCGACAGUGAUGCACAGUUCGGUGGCGUACCUCGCAGUCAGCACCUUA